GGAGCGGCGUCACGUCCUUUAUCCUGUGAGCAGCUGUCACUCCCAGCAGCCUCCAGACGCUCCUGGGCCCAUUUGGACCCCGCAGCUCCGGUUCCUCCGCGCGGGAAGAAGGAAGGACUCAGGUCGGUUAGAGGUCCUUGGCUCCGGUCGGAGCUGCUUCCGGUUCCUCCCGAACAUGGAGGUGCAGCGGGCUGCUGAGGAGGAGGAGGAGGAGGUGGCUGUAGAUGUUCAGGUCACAGAUCUGCUCAACGCCCUGAUCGCCUGGAAGGUUCCAGAGGAUCUGUUCACCAUCAGCAGCCUGAAGGCCAGCUUUGAGACCCUGUUCCGCUCAUUUGACCCAGAGGUCCAGUUCCAGUACUUCCGGUCCUUCAGACGGGUCCGAAUCAGCUUCAGCGAUGCUGCCGCGGCGGCCGAGGCCCGGCUCAGACUCCACAGAACCGACUUCAACGGAACCGAGAUCAGACUCUACUUUCCGCAGUCGGUCCACAUCGGGAGCCCUCGUCUGAAGCCCCCCAAACCGGAGAAGCAGUUCCUGAUCUCCCCCCCGGCCUCCCCUCCUGUCGGCUGGGAGCAGUCCCACGACGCUACCCCCGUCAUCAACUACGACCUGCUGUGCGCCAUCUCCAAGAUCGGACCAGGAGAGACGUAUGAGCUCCACACGGCCACGCCCACCACCCCCAGCGUCGUGGUCCACGUCUGCGAGGAUGAGCAGGGACUCGGUCCAACCGUUGCCGACUGCAGCCAGCAGGAGAAGCCCCUCGCCCCCCGGCCAAAGAUCGUCCAGACUCGAAGGCCCGACUUCAUGCCAGGGGCGGAGCAGUGAACAGGGCGCCCAGCAAGGGGGCGGAGUUUAACCUGAUAAGGAGCUCAGAGGUUUGGGGGUGUAGAGCACCCUCUAGGGAGCGGAUCAGGGAGCGCAGGCUGAUUUCCAAGAUGGAGUCAGGAGGCUGGCUGCUGAUUGGACCGUAGAUUGGACCAAGUUUAGUCAUCAGAUGACGUCAUGUCUGCCCCUUCUUCAUUUAGCCUGCUGCUUCAUUUCUGCUGCCCCCUGGUGUUCCGAACACAAAAGUUUCCUUUAAGCACCUUAAAAAAAGGUGUUUAAUAAGUAUUCAUGCCCCCUGGAUCAGUGAGAGGAGGAACAAAGAAAAAGCUUACAGCGCGGCUGACUUGGCUCCAAAUUGGCGUCCAGAGGUGGGCCUUCUUGUCCAGGCGGGCUGAACCAGAACCCAAACAGUUUGUCUUCAGAUUUGAACUUCAAUUAUAUUUGAGUUUAACGUCAUUUAUGGAUCGCUCAGCAGGCUGAUCCGGUCCAAUCCAGUCUAAUCUGACCCCCCCCUCCCCCUCAGCAGCCAGCCAGGCCUCUGGGUUGUCAGCAGCCAUAUUCCUUUUAGUUCUAGCUCUACGCCCCCCGCUGCACCACCUGUGGAGUUCUUCUCCCUCAGUGACCCGAUUCCGGUGGCCCGGUUCUGGUGGCCCGCCACAUUACACCAGAAUGGGAGGGGGGGAUUUAUUCCUAUCUGGGUUGGAUAUGCUAACAUGUAGCUGUUUGUCCUUCAGCGCUAACCUGUCC